UCGAUGGUUUAUUUCACGUGUCCGGAGACCGGCUUCGGUUAAUACGUAUUGAAUUCUUUAGCACAGUUGAUUGUGGAUGCAUUUUCGAAAACCGAUGGGAAGGUCCUUCUCGCAAGGAAUCAGGGAAGCGGGGACGGAAGCCAGGCAGGAAAUCAGCUGAAAAAAUUGACAUGAAAGCCAAAUUGGAACGCAGUCGUCAAAGUGCCAGAGAAUGUAGAGCUCGUAAGAAACUUCGAUACCAAUAUUUGGAAGAACUUGUUGCUGACAGAGAAAAGGCAGUAUUUGCGUUAAGAAAAGAACUUGAACAGGUACUCACCUAAAUCAUCUCUUUUAUUGUGGAAUAGUGAAAACUCUUUCAUUUCCUACAAAAAUUCAGAAUGUCUGAUAAUUGUAUACCUCUCAUGUGUUAUAGGAAAACCCUUUUUUAUAGCAUAGAUUUUUUUAUCAUAAAGGCAAAUUGUUUAUAAAACUUUUAUCAGUAAUAUAUCAAUUCAGGUUAA